AUGCACGAACUAGGUAUUAAACAAUACAACUCGUCAGCUUAUCAUCCGGAAAGUCAAGGCGCUCUGGAAAGGUUUCACCAAACAUUGAAGCAAAUGAUUAAGACAUAUUGUUUUGAAACUGAGAAAGAUUGGGACGACGGCGUCCAUUUCCUUUUGUUCGCGGCUCGUGAGUCAGUUCAAGAAUCAUUAGGGUUUAGCCCAUUUGAGUUAGUUUUCGGUCACACGGUUCGGGGACCGCUCAAGCUUUUAAAGGAAAAGUUGCUUACCGACGACGGUGGUUCAUUGAAUAUUUUACAGUAUGUAACGGACUUUCGUACCAAAUUAACUAAGGCUUGUGACCUAGCACGUAAGAACCUUAAAACAGCUCAAAAUCGCAUGAAGCACAGUUACGACAAAAACACCGUAACUCGGAAUUUUCAGAACGGAGAUAAGGUUCUUGCACUUCUUCCGGUUCCUGGAAACCCCUUGCAAGCUAGGUAUUUUGGGCCCUAUGUUAUAGAAAAGAAAGAGAAUGAUUUAAACUAUGUAAUCAUAACUCCAAAUAGACGUCGAAAUAAACAGCUUUGCCAUGUAAAUAUGCUUAAAGCAUAUCACGAAAGAAAGUAG